AUGAGGUGGGGGGAUUUCGUAUUCUUUCCAAACCCUUCCAACUGUGCGAAUAGACCGGAUGGGCGCAGGCCGAGUGAGAGCGCUAACGAUGAUCUUGAUGCAGAGGACUUGGUCCCCGACAACUGGUUCAUAAGGUUAGUCCACUGCAUCGCGUGGCUGUUGACGUUGGUGCUUUCCGUCUUAAGCAUCGUCUUCAUAAGCUACCAGCUGUAUGCCUUGUAUCUGCCAUAUUGUCGGGCGAAGCUCCUUGGAGAUGCUUCAUAUAGAUUCCCGGAGUACUUCUACAGGGUCUGGGGAAAUGAUGCUACGGAUCUCACCUCGGAGCACUGGGGGUACCUUGGUGCCUGUGCUGCAGUGACCUUCCUGAGCCUCAGGUUCGACGGGAAAGUCAAACAGGUGCCCGUGAUGCCCGCUGGAGAUGCAGGCGAAGUGUCUCUUUUCAAAGAGGUCGGGCAAUUCAGCGGUCCAGUGAAUCCAGCAGCAUUGCCCCCGCGAGCGGCUGACCUGGCACGAGAGCUGUCCUCGGCGCUCCUGGAGACGUCCUGGCGGGCUGCUCACAGUGGCAGCCGUGGCAGCCGCAAGACCGCCGACAAAGCGAACCAAGCGGAAGCACACCAAGAGCUGAGCGAUAUCCAGCUGCGCAAUGCACUGCUGCGCUUACACCGCAGGCGCAUCCUCACCACCGGAGCCCUUCGCUUCGUAAACACCGCAGUGCAGUUCUUGCCCGUGCUGUUCUUGGGGCCGUUGCUCACAGCAGUGCAGCAGGGGAAUGUUGCUGCUGGGCGGAACAAUGCUCUGGCGCUUUUCGCUGUUUUGUGCGUGAAGACCGUCGUGGAAAACCAGUUCUUCCACCAGACGACCGUCAUGGCCACAAGGGUCCGGGCCCUGUUGCAAGCCUCGAUCUACGAGAAGAGCUUGCGCUUACAUGAGGCUGUUGCCGCAGUGCCUCCCGUCACACUCAUGCAGGUAGACACAGGGAAGAUAGAGGAGCUGACCUAUUCGUUACACACGCUGUGGGAUGGGAUAUUUCAGGUAGUUGGAUACUCAGUGCUAUUGUGGUGGUACCUUGGUCUAGCUGGCUUUGCUGGAAUCGUGAUUCUCAUCGUGUUCAUGCCAUUCAAUGCAUCUCUUCAGCGUCAGCUCAGCGGACUGAACAAGUCUUGCCUUCAAACCACUGAUGCGCGUGUCUCGAAAACAUCGGAGAUCCUGAACGGGAUCCGGGCCCUGCGUCAAAUGGGCUGGGAGGAUGUCUUUGAGCGUCUGAUCCGUGGCCUUCGUGAUGCAGAGCUGCAGGCACAACGAAAGCGGGACACCGUAGGUGCCUACCUCUUCUCAUACUUCAGUGCCCUGCCCCCCUUUAUGAUUGCCGUCGUCCUGCUCGCUUAUGUGGCCGGGCAAAAGGCCAGCUUCAAUGCAGCCAUGAUCUUCACAGCACUGUCCCUGCUGAACCAGAUCCGCUUUCCCCUACUGUUCUACCCGAGUGCUUUGAAUGCUUUAGCAGAGGGCCAGGCCGCCCUGAAGCGCAUCGCCGGCUUCCUUUGCCUGGAAGAAGCCGCUGCGCCGCGGCCGCCCAUGUCGGAAGAUGCUCAGUUGCCCCUUCUGCUUGUCCCAGGCAGCUACCACAUUGGGAAGGACCGGAAGGAGGGCCACGAGGGCCACGAGGCUCCCACGCUCGUCAUCAAGGAGCACCUCCGCGUUGCGCAUGGCGAGCUCGUGGGCGUCCUCGGGCCCGUCGGCUCUGGCAAGUCCACCCUCUUGCGCGCCUUCCUCGGCGAGCUUCCCGGCACCUCCUUGCCUGCCCCACCGCAAAAUGUGGCCUUUUGCUCUCAACAGCCCUGGAUACCUGAAGGGCGAACUCUGCUAGAAGUGGUGGCCGGUGUCUGGAUGGACAAGACGGCGCCGUUCUCCGCCAAAGUGGACUACGACGCCUUCUCCAGAGCCUUGUCCGCAGCUGCGGUGGACUUUGCUGAGGCCGACGAUGAAGUCAGCGCAACGACCCUGAGUGGGGGACAGCAAGCUCGCUUGGCUCUGGCCAGGGCGAUGUACCAAGCAGAGGUUGGCAAUGUCUGCGCCUGCGUGCUGGAUGACGUGACGGCGGCCUUGGAUCCGCAGGUCACCCUUCAGGUGAUCAACAAUUGCCUGAAUGGUCCCUUGCAAGAUAUGGCAACGCUGUUGGUCGCCAGCGACCCGGGGCCGUGGCUCCAACGCUGUGAUCGCAUCAUCGUGAUGAAGUCAUCCAUGGGCUCAGAGGGCUCGGAGGGCUCGGAGGGCUCGGAGGGCGACUCGGAGUUGGAGCUGCAAGUCGAUUUUUUCGGCAGCUACGAUGCGCUGGCCGAGUCUGGCAGGCUGGACUUGUCGCAUGUGCCAAGUGACCCGAGUGACCUCAGUGAACCAAGCUUGCCGGGACAGCCAGAUGCUGCAGACACGGAGGUGACGACAGAGGUCAAGCCGAAGUCGGAGGAAGGCGAGGGUCCAAUCACGAUUGAUAUAGAACCCGCAGGCACGGUUGAGGCGGAGAAGUCGAAGAGAAGACAGAUCACUGCUGAAGAAGCUAGAGCUUCGGGGGCAGUGCCUUUGUCACUUUAUGCCCGCUAUUUUCAAAGUGCACGGAGUCCGAUGCUUCUGUGCGCGGCAGGUGCGGCCGUGAUGGCGAGCUAUGCGGCGACGGCCGCCCAACAAUGGUGGAUUGGAUUGUGGACGGCCGAUGCGACCAUGAAGCGAGGCCUAUCCUUCUACUUGUCUGGUGUUCUUUUCUGGGGAUUGCUGGCCUCUGGGUUGACCUUUGGUCGGUCUGUUCUAUUGGCAGCCUUUUCCCGCCGGGCCUCGCGGGCAGUUCAUGACGAUCUUUGUGAGAAGGUCUUAGUCAGGGCAUCCACCACGCAUUUCGACCAGAACCCUUCCAGCCGCUUGCUGCAAAACUUUUCCAAGGAUCUUGAGCAGAUCGACACCAGCCUUCCAAACAGCCUACGGUCUGCAGUCUCCAGUGCGACAACGCUUGCCGGAGCUGCGCUCACCAUCAUCUUGGCAACACCCACCUUCACGGUGAUCCUGCUGCCCUUGCUGUGGCUUUACAUGCGUUCCCUGCAGUAUUACCGCCCAGUGGCCCGGGAGCUGAAGCGCCUGGAGCCGCUGGCGCGGUCCCCGGUCUACGCGGAGCAGGCGGCCGCCGCCUCCGGGGUGAUCACGAUCCGGAAGCUGGGCCUCGGCAACGUCAUGGCGGCCCGAGCCUUGCGCGCCAUCGACUCGAACACAGCCGUGUCUUUUGCUGCCAAGGCGGUCGAUCGGUGGUUCUCCCUUCGAAUGGAGCUGCUUGGAAAUUUGAUCGUGUUGGCAGCGGCGAUGUUGAGCCUUUGGUCGGGUGCCAAUGCUGGUGCCUGGUCGGCGGCUCGGGCAGCCAUCGCCGUAACCCAGGCGCUGUCCGUGUGCGGCUUGUUGAACUGGACGGUGCGGACCAUUGCCCAGACCGAAACCAGUUUCACGUCCUUCCAACGCAUCUCUGACUCGGUGGACUCGACAGACCUUGAAGCCUCCCGCCAGCUUCCCUCUGACCUCAAGCUCCCGAGUGCCUGGCCCGUCAAGGGCAGCGUCUCCUUUGACAAUGUCUCGUUUAGAUACCGCGAGCAUCUGCCCUUUGUGCUGCAUGGGCUUUCCCUUGACCUCGUACCCGGGGAACGCAUCGGGGUCGUCGGGAGGACGGGCAGCGGAAAGUCGACGCUGCUGCGGCUCCUGCUGCGCACGGUGGAAGCUUCGGAAGGGUCCGUGACGGUGGAUGGCGUGGAUCUGCGCGAGGUCGGCCUCGCCCGCCUGAGGUCUUCGGUCACGGCCAUCCCCCAGGACAACUUCCUGGUCAGCGGUACCGUGCGCGAGAAUGUGGAUCCCCGAAACAGCUACAGCGACGAGGAAGUCCAGCAUGCCCUCCAAGCGGCCUCGCUUGGAAACUGGACGCUGAACCGACGAGUCAGUGCUUCUGGCGGAAUCUCGCCCGGGGAGAGGCAGUUGAUCGGUGUAGCACGCGCUGUCCUCAGGAAGUCGAGGAUUGUUGCUCUGGAUGAGGUUACUUCGAGGGUGGACAAGGGCACAGAUGAGAAAGUGCAAGCAGCUUUGAAACGGCUGCCAGAAGGAACAACUUUGCUGGUAGUUUCGCACAGGCUCGAAACCUUGAAAGAAUAUGACACUGUCGUGGUCUUGGGCGAUGGUCGAGUGAUAGAGAUAGGUAAUCCGAAGGAUUUGGAGAGCAAUCCCUCAUCUCAGUUUGCGAGCAUGCUCGCUGCAGAGCGGAGCGGAGAGGUCUUUUAA